GACUGGGCAUCCCACAGCCUAGGGAUCUUCAUCUGCUUGAAUUGUUCAGGAAUCCAUCGCAAUAUUCCCCAAGUCAGCAAAGUGAAGUCGGUCCGUCUGGAUGACUGGGAUGAUGCUCAAGUGGAGUUUAUGGCCUCAAAUGGAAACAAUGUAGCAAAAGCAAAAUACGAAUCUAAAAUGCCACCGUUUUAUUACAAGCCAACCUUUCUUGACUGUCAACUGCUGCGGGAACAGUGGAUCAGAGCCAAAUAUGAACGAAAAGAGUUCAUUCACAGCGAGAAGCAGGAGCCUUAUUCCGCAGGGUACCGAGAAGGGUUUCUGUUGAAGAGAGGACGUGACAACGGGCAAUUCUUAAGCCGAAAAUUUGUGUUAUCAGAGAGGGAAGGUGCACUGAAAUAUUUCAACAAAAAUGACGCAAAAGAACCCAAAGCAAUUAUGAAGAUUGAACAUCUAAAUGCGACUUUCCAGCCUGCAAAAAUCGGGAACCCACACGGACUGCAGAUCACUUACUUGAAGGACAACAGCACAAGGAACAUUUUUGUCUAUCACGAAGACGGCAAGGAAAUAGUGGAUUGGUUCAACGCCAUCCGGGCAGCGCGUUUUCAUUACUUACAAGUGGCUUUCCCUGGAGCCAGUGACGUUGAUCUGGUGCCAAAGCUUUCUAGAAACUACCUGAAGGAAGGGUACAUGGAGAAAACAGGGCCAAAGCAAACGGAGGGAUUCAAGAAGCGAUGGUUCACCAUGGAUGACCGACGGCUCAUGUAUUUCAAAGAUCCCCUGGAUGCCUUUGCUAGAGGGGAAGUUUUUAUUGGGAGCAAGGAAAACAGCUACAAGGUCCUGGAAGGGCUCCCGCCAUCAACACAGGGAAACCACUGGCAGCAUGGGAUAACCAUCGUCACCCCAGAUCGGAAAUUCCUCUUCGCCUGCGAGACGGAGGAUGACCAGCUGGAGUGGAUUACAACUUUUCAGAAAGUUAUAAGCCGGCCGAUGCUGCCUCAGGAAUACGCAGUGGAAGCCCAUUUCAAACAUAAACCUUAGCUGGGACUGGCUGGGCAGACCUGAGGAGUGAGCUUCUGUUUACAACACAACGUGGUUUUAUUUGAAAUGUUAAAAAUAAUGAAUAAUAAUAACAGUAAUAAUAAUAAUAAUAAUAAUACUUCCCUUUCCCCUCAUCAUUCACUUGAUCAUGUUGGAAACCAAGAAGGGUGGCAGCGAAACGUCGGAGAAGAUGCUGAUCCAACCCGACAUUCGGCUCUGUGACCGCUCUGUGGGAUGCACCGUUGGGAUGGGUGGUCCCUGCAACCGCGUCACCCCACACCCGCUGAAGGGGGUGUCCCACCCGGCUUCGGUGGGAUGGCAAAGACUGUUGGUGGCAUGUCUCGGGGGGAGAUGGGGCUUUUCCCUGCGAGCUGGUCCAUGCUGAGUGUCCCCGCAGCCCCGGCUCUCUGCCAGCCCUUUCCCCGGGGGGCUGUGAGCGCCUGAGCGGUGACGUCCUCAUGGGACAUGAAGCACCAACCUGGAAACACCCGGAAUGGCGGUGUGUGAAAUGGCUGAGCCUCCCGACGGCAGUGGGGUAAAUGACAAGUAAAUGACCUCCCCUGGGGAGCGGCGGUGGUGCUGUACCCAGGCUAGGGUCAGGCGGGAUUUAGAAAUAGAGGAAAUGGGCAUCCUUGGCCUUGUUACCUGCCUACGGAAGGGCACGGAGAAGGGGUGCUCCCUGCAGGCGGAGCAGCGUUGCCCUCCACCCCUGGGGGCCUGCAAG